CUUUUCAAGCGUUUCCACUUUCCACAGAACAUAGAAAAGCAAUAUUAGAGUGUCCUUUGAUUCUGGCCCCUGUAAAAGCAAAUGAAAAACUAAAACAGCUGAACACGAGAGAAAUUAAUGGCGAAGCAAUGGAAAGCUCAUUGCCUUCUAUUGCCUCAUCCUUUGCAAGGCCAUGUCAAUCCAAUGCUUCAGUUCUCCAAGCGCUUAGUAUACCACAAAGUGAAAGCUACUUUUGUUAUCCCUCAUUCUUUCUGGAAAUCCAUUUCCACUGAAUCAUCUUCUAAGUCUUCCGUAGCUUUUGAAACCAUCUCAGAUGGCUAUGACGAAGGAGGAAGAAAAGCAGCAGAGAGUACCGAAGCCUAUAUAGAACGCUUUCAGAAGGUAGGAUCUCAAACCCUAUCUGAACUUCUCGACAAGCUCUCAAAAAAUGGCUCCUGUGAUUGUGUUAUUUAUGAUACUUUCCUUCCUGUAGAUUGUGUUAUUUAUGAUACUUUCCUUCCAUGGGUUCUUGAUGUGGCCAAGAAAUUUGGCCUUAUUGGUGCUGCGUUUAUGACCCAAUCUUGUACUGUCAAUAGCAUUUACUUCCACCUUCAUCAAGGGACUCUGAAGCUUCCGAUCAAGGAGAGUAAAAUUUUGCUUCCUCGAUUGCCAGAACUUGAGCCUUCAGAUUUGCCAUCGUUUUUAUAUCUUCACUAUGGGAUGUACUCUUUCUUCUGGGACUAUCUUGUCGAACAUUUCUCCAACAUUGGAAAAGCUGAUUGGGUCCUCUCCAACACGAUUUAUGAACUUGAGCACGAGGUUGUGGAUUGGAUGAGAGAGAUGUGGCCAUUGAGGACAAUAGGACCGACUUUGCCAUCCAUUUUCUUAGACGAGAGGAUCCGAGACGAUGAUGACUAUGAUAUGAGCACGUUCAAACCCAAAAAUGAUAUUUGCAUGGAAUGGCUUCAUGAUAAGCCCAAAGCAUCAGUUAUAUAUGUCUCCUUUGGAAGUUUAGUAUCUCUCAGUGAGGAGCAGAUGCAGGAAUUAGCAUGUGGUUUGAUAGAUACAGACACUUAUUUCUUGUGGGUGGUUAGGGAAUCUGAAGAGCCCAAGCUUCCAAAGAACAUUCCAGAAAUUAGUUCAGAGAAGGGUUUGAUUGUGACUUGGUGUCCCCAAGUAAGAGUACUGUCACAUGAGGCUGUGGGAUGCUUUGUUACUCAUUGUGGGUGGAAUUCCACUUUAGAAGCUCUGAGUUUAGGAGUUCCAAUGAUUGGAGUACCAAACUGGAGUGAUCAAAGCACUAAUUUGAAGACUAUUGUGGAUGUUUGGAAAGUGGGACUCAGAGUUUCAAUGGAUGAGAAAGGAAUUCUCAGACAAGAAGUGUUGAAACAUUGUGUCAAGGAAGUAAUGGAAAGUGAAAAAGGAAAAGAAAUGAAGGAAAAUGCAAUCAAAUGGAAGAAUUUGAUCAGGAAUUCUGUCAAUGAGGGAGGAAGUUCUGAUCAAAAUAUUGCAGAAUUUGUGGCUAAGAUUUCUCAGCACUAGUGAGCUUCAUGAUCUUUAGCUAUAUAGUUGAGUCUGAAUUAAAAGGUUUGAAACUAAUGUUGCUCACAUACACAAUGUGUUGUGCUUGUUAGAAGUUAAUUCAAAAUUAUCUGUCCUCGUUGUUUCAGAAAGAUCAGAACAGCAAGCUUUAUAUUA